AUACGUUGCUAUCCAGUUCUGUAUGUAUAUAGCCCAGAUUGCAUCAUCAUCAUCAUCUACUUGCGAGCUAGGGAUGUCAACUAACCAGAUUCUGAUGUUCACUGGGUAUUUUCUCAUAGGUGUGGCUCUAUUCCUUGCACUAACUCUCUGGUUGCGCAGAAAUGGGAAGAAGAAGAAUAAGAAAGAAGCAAAAAAUGGCGAUGAAGUAGAUGAAAGUGGGUUAACGAAGCCAAGGGAGCAACGAAAAUCUGAAAGUGGUGAAGUAGCUUCAGAAUCAAUGGUGGUUGUUGGGAGUGGAGAGGUGAAAGGGCUAAGAUUUGAGGAGUUGUUGAAAGCUCCAGCGGAGUUGCUUGGAAGAGGAAAGCAUGGAAGUGUGUACAAGGUGAUGUGUGAGAAUCCCAGGAUGAGUUUGACGGUGCAAAGAAUAAAGGAGUGGGGAAUAACAGGCCAUGAUUUCAAGAAGCGAAUGCAGAGACUGAGGGAAUUGAAGCACCCAAAUGUGAUGCCUGCACUUGCCUUUUACUCUUCCAGCCUAGAGAAGCUUUUGGUGUAUGAAUAUCAGCAAAAUGGGAGCCUCCUCACACUUGUACAAGGCAUCCAAAUGGGCAAAGCCUUUGACUGGAGCAGAAGACUUAGCAUUGCAGGCAGCAUAGCCGACACCUUAGCUUUCAUGCACAAGGAGCUCAAAGAAGACGGAAUUGCUCACGGAAACUUCAAAUCCUCAAACAUUAUGUUUAACCAAAACAUGGAGCCCUGCAUUAGCGAGUAUGGUCUAAUGCCAUUGCCAGCGGAGGCCGCCAUCUCAGAAACCCAACAAAACCCCUUCAAACAAGACAUCUAUGGGCUCGGAGUGAUCCUCCUGGAGCUGCUAACAGGGAAGAUGAAUAUGAUGAUAAUGGCCCAGAACAAUGGGCAAGAAGACCUGGCUAGCUGGGUUCUUGGUGUGCUUAGAGAAGAAUGGACAGUGGAAGUUUUUGACAGGGCUUUAAUCCAAGAAGGAGCAAGUGAGGGAAGGAUAGUUGGUCUGCUGCAGGUGGCUGUGAAAUGCGUUAAUCCUUCCCCGGAGGCCCGGCCUAGCAUUCACCAAGUUGCUACCAUGAUUAGAAGCAUUCAAGAGCAGGAAGAGAGGUCCAUGGACUCUUCUCAAAGCAUCACAAUGUGAUCGCUACGACAAAAACUUGUGUAACGAUUCGCGAUACAGAUCAGAUUGUAAACAACUGAGUGUGUAAGUAUUAUUAUUACAAGGUGACUGUAAACUUGUGUAAGGAUUCGCGACACGGGUCAGG